AUGGCAGACUUCAAAGGUUACUACAACUACUACUACUAUCUGUGUGUUUUUGUCAUCUUGACUACUACUACUUGUUCCAUGGCCACAGCCUCACCAUCUGACGUAAUCAAAGGGGCUUACUGGCCUUCAGGGGCCUCGGAUUUGCCUCCGUUAUCCAUCGACACUACGUUGUUCACUCACAUCUACUAUGUUUUUCUUUCACCUAACAAUGUCACUUUCAAGUUUGAUAUCUCAAAUUCAACAGCCUCGAUGCUCUUGGACUUUACCUCUACGCUCCAUGUGAAGAAACCGCCAGUGCAGAUGCUCUUUUCCAUCGGUGGAGCCGGCGAAGACCUGAGUAUCUUUUCCAACACGGUAUCUAGUGGUCACUCAAGGAGGAGUUUCAUUGAGUCAUCCAUAGAAGUAGCAAGAAAGUUUGGUUUUAAUGGUAUUGAUCUUGAUUGGGAAUCUCCUCAAAACCCAAAAGAAAUUGAAAAUUUGGGCCUCUUACUCCAUGAAUGGCGGGCUAUGGUCCAUAAAGAGUCCAAGGCAACGUGCCAGGCCCCUCUCUUGCUCACCGCGGCCAUGUACUUCUCCGUGGACUUUUUCCUCUAUGAUGUCCAACGCUCGUACCCAGUGGAUUCGAUUGGUAAGAACUUGGACUGGAUCAAUGCGAUGUGUUACGAUUACCACGAAGGAUGGGAGACUUCGACAACAGGGGCCCAAGCUGCAUUGUUCGACCCAAAAAGUUGUUGG